UUGGUGAAUAACAUGUUUUUUGUUGUCUUAGCCUGAAGCUACGAGCAAAGAGAGAGGCUGCAAGUCCUUCUGAUAUUAUGGCCUUUUUCAAACAACCCGUAUCCCUAAGCAGAAACGCCAUAAGAGCCGCUGAUUACAUGGAUGUCACCCUCCAGCUUGUUGCUGCAAAACUAAAAUCCAUCUAUCCGGUUCCCUUCAAUGUUUCAGAUGUGCUGACUGCUGAGCAGAAGACAAUCCUUAAUGAACUGACAGGAUGUGCAUACCAGUUCCUACCUAAGGUUUGCUCCCUCUCUCCCUACCGCACUAUCAAUGGGGAGUGUAAUAACAGGAAGAGCCCAAUCCUUGGUGCCUCAAACACG